AUGCAUUACCAAUUCAUCCUUAUCAGCACCCUCACCACCAUCGCCUUCGCGGCCCCUGCUCCCCCGAACCUCCGCUCAACAAGUACGACAACGACCACUACUAUCACAAACACAACCCUGAAUAAGCCUACUACACACAUCGGAACUCCUAAAUUUGCACACAUCCCUAUCUCCAUUCCUGAUCAGCGUCCCCCACAUCAAUUCAGCCCCAACAUCCACCCAAUCUACACCCCAACUGUCCGUCCCGAUGCCAGAACUGAGCCCGGCCGGAACCCACUAUUCUCGCGCAGUCGGCGCGAGGACAAGAUAAAGCGCGAUGACGCCCAGAUCCCAGCACUUGCCGCGGCAAUACGCGGCGUCGCAGAGAGUCUCAAAAAAAGGCAGCAACAGCAGGAGCAUCAAAAUACACGACGUGCCGAUCUCCCAAAUUACCUUCUUCCUGACAAUAUUCAAACCAGCUACCACCCCGCUGGCUGGCAAGCUGAUCCGGAGGAAGUGCUUAACAACCGCGCGGUGGAUAACGAGAUCUAUGUUUCGGAGGAUGCUCUUUAUGCGUCUGAGCAUCCUUUUCAGCGGAACGAACAGCGCGGGGUGGAUGUGGAUGAGGGCCUUGUCGCGUCUUAUAAACAUCUUGCUACGGAGGCCAAGAGUGAGGUUGAUGCUAGAGGGCUUCCUUUGCAGCAGAGGGGGAUUGAUGAGGUUGAUGAUGAUGAUGAAAAGGAGGAGGAAGAGGAGGAGGAGGAGGGGGAAUACAAUACCGUUGAGGAUGGGUAUAUGAGCGGCAAUGUGCGACGCGAUGAUGGCUAUGAUGGUGAGAUACAGGAUUAUUGA